AAAGUUAUAGAUCUUUCAUUGAUUACCAAUUAUACCCUAUGGCCAGAUCUCCAAAGUGGCUCCAAAGCUUUUCUGAACUGCUUCGGAAAGCCUAACGAAGCCAGCGCUUCGAUCUGGACAUGCUGCUUUGGAUGCUGAAGCGUCUGAAGCUUCUCCGGAUCCAAAGCAUGGUCCGAAGCAUUGCACAGCCCUACCAUUUAUUUCGUAUGUACUUAUGGCAUAUAUAACCCCAUUAAGGAUGACCGCUGAUAUUUUGUAUGAAGGGAUUCUUCUGUUAAGUGAAAUGAGCUACUAUCUUUCUCUGCCAAUUCUGUUUCUUCUCUGAAAGAAAGGGAACCCUGGGCUCUGGUCCCUUUAUCUAAGACUGUUUGAGCAUUUUAUCAAAUUACCUUAUAAUCAAAAUGCAUAAACAGAAUUGGGAACAAGGAGCAGAUAUGAAAGUAACUAGACAUAUUAGGAAAACAUGUACAAACAGAAGUGCAGAUACUGUGGACUUUUUAAUUAAUGACUGAGAGAAGAAGAAUCAACUUCUGUAUGGAUAACGGCAAUUAAUUCACUGAAUCCUUUGGAGGGGUUCCUGGCCUGGACACUUCAGCCAUCCAGCAGGUUUAUAGUAAAUUUAUAACUCUGAAGAUUUUCCCUUAAGUCAUUUGCACAGUUGUGGGGUGCUUUCCCCUACUUUAUGAACCAUCUCUCAGGGAUUCUGAAGAAAGUAUUGUCUUGCUGUGAAUUUCUGCCAUGUGGUGGGGGUUUGGGUUGAUUAGUUUGUUGGCAAAUAAAUCAAAGACCAUGCAGGGAGUAGGUCAACAGCAGUUGAACUGAAGAGUUUUAUUGACUUCACUCUGGUUCAGAACUCACCAAAGUGGGUAUCAGCACUAUAGAGAUGACUACAGAAUAUGCAGGGGGAAUGAAUUGUGAUUUUUGUUUAGCACACAUUUAGUACUGAGUAAGAAGUUAUCCAUGUACAUUUUUCAGAUUCUAGGAACUUACUCACUGCAACUUACUGAAGAACUAGCGUUAAGGUUGCUAUGCCAAGGAGUUCAGUUGUAGAGCUGGGUGCUCUACAGAUACAUAACAAACCACAGUCCAUGACAAAAGAGUGUGUAAUCUAAGGUUGGCAAUUGUGAUAUUGUUUACUGCUACAAAGUGAUCCUUAUUAAAUAUUUUAUACCAGACAUGCCAUUUUUAUUUAUGUAACAGUGAUAUAGUUAUGCAUCUAUUAGGAGUCAUAACUAAUUACGUAGAAAAGACUAGUAGUAGAAAAGACUAAUCAUCCAGUUUUGCUACAAUUGCUUGUAACUGUUUCAGUGUUAGUAGUUAUAAGAUGUCCACCUCCCCUGACCACACCUCACAGUAACAGAUCUGACAGCCGGUGAAGAGUGUAAAGCAGAAGUGUGAUGUGGUAUUGUCUAUCUAAAAGGCUAGUGUAUUCAAGUGGCCUUCAAGGCUAUCUCUAGGUAAGCACCUUGCAAGAUUUCAGCAUUGAGAUAAGUGAGACAUGGAUUAUCUUGUGGAGAUGUGUAACAGAUAUAAAACUGACAUGCUUGAGGGGAGACAUGAUAAGGGUUUACAAAAUACUAAAUAGUGAAGAAAAAGUAAGUAGGGGGAUAGGCACGUGUGAAUCAUGGCAGCCAAUUCCACCUACCGGCCCCUUUACUUCAGCAGUCAAUUCCACUCACCAGCAGCAGUUGGUGACUAAGGAAAUACGCAAUAGCAACUGAAGUUGAGGAGAUCUGGAGUGCCUGGCCCUGCGACAGUGGGGCAUAAGCUAACAGACUUGUGGAAACACUGCUGUAGACCAUCUCUAACUCUUCCUAACUAUCUUUACUAGUGGUGUCACAUAUCCAUUAAGCUGGGAUGCUGACAGGUGAGAGACAUCUGGAAAAGCACAGCUGAGAACCUUCCCAGAGGAAGGGUUAGCAAUAGCCAAUGAGAUUUUAUUCGAAAUGGACCCACUUUAAAACAACUGCAGAUAACUUACAGCAAUUGGUUGUUUGCCAAGCUUUCUUGGAUUAACAUUUCAGGUGGCCAUACCACCUUCUCAAAAAUAAGAAUAAAAAAGCAAUCCAUUAGUGGAUGUUCAGAAGUCCAAAUCUUUGCUACCUAGGCAGACCAUUUACCAUCCCAGCUAAUCACAGAGUAGAUUUUAUAGUAUUUGAUUAUAUUUACAACUAUGUCUGAAAUGUAUUUUUCCCUAAAAAUAAAAUAGAACAAACUUACCAGAAUAUUAACCUUUUUUCCUCAUGAGAUAGUAUGGACAAUACACUGAUAAAAAAAAAAUCCAGUUUUAUGGUGCAUAUGCAGAGGAGCCACCACAAAACAAGAAGCCAUGUCACUGUACAUGGGAUAUGGAGUUCAUUUCUAGGUGCUGUAUUAUAAGGAAGAUAUUGAGAAAUCUGAAACGGUUCAGAGAUUACCUACUACUGAAUAAUUAGUAGAGUGUAGGAGUUGUUAAAUUUAAAGGCUGAAAAAGUGUUUUGAAAUCUUAAUCCAGAGUAGUAAGGCUAAGUAUAGAGUACUAAGGCCAAGUGAACCUGUGUUGCAAUUCAAAUGAUUGGAAGUACAAGUCCUGAUUUGAAUGCAAAUUUUACCUGCCAAAAAAACAAGUUUGGGUCCUUCACCAUUCUGAACAUGUGCAGGUGAAUCACUUUCCUCCCUUCAUAUGAACCCCCAAAUAUACCUGCCUAGAAUGGACUCUCAUUGUUUGAAAUUAAUCUAAUUUAUUCAGGGAGUUGUGAAGUGAAACAAAUGUGGACACACAGAAAGAGGUAAAUUAGCUGAGCUGUAAUAAAAAAAUCGUCCCCAUUUAUUCAUGUUAAAAAAAGUUCAGUGCAACUCACAGUUCAAUAGCAAAGGGCUGAGCUAGCAAGGACUCUACAGGAGAUUCAGAGAAUAUAACACAAAAAUGAAAUGCAAUUAUGCAAUUGGCAGUGAUGGUUUCCCUUUAUGAAGUAACUAUGCGGACAGGCUGGAAGGGCAAAGCUGAGUUCAGCAGAGUUCAGAGCUGAAAAUGCCAUUUAUAUGCUGGACUUUCAGGCUGCGUUCAGAUGAGUGAGGCUGUGCAGUAUGUGGCGCUGCAGACACAUCUGUGGCACCUCACACUGCACAUUCAGGUGUUCACACUGCAAGGUAACCACACGGUGGGCUUUUUUGACUCUGGGAGAUCCUGGGGUCAAAAGCACCAUGCAAAAAAAAAAAAAAAAGCCCCAAACCAGAGCCCGGCUGGACAGAGCCAUGCUCCAGGUGCCAGCCAGGCUCCAAGUCGCAGGAUCGCCGCUGCUGCAUCCCCAGGAGGCCCCCAGGACUCCAGGGCCCGAAGCAAACUUCCUCCUGGACCAGCACCGCUCCCUUUAAUUGGUAACCUGUGGACAAUAGGUUUUCAGAUUCACCAUGAAACUCUCCUUAAGAUGGCUGGAAGGCAUGGAAAUAUGUACACUCUGUGGCUGGGACAAACACCUGUAAUUGUGCUGAACGGAUUCCAAGCAGUGAAGGAUGCCUUGAUCAGCCACUCAGAAGACUUUGUAGACCGACCCAUCACACCCUUCUUUAGGGAUGUGACAGGCGGCCCUCAAGGCAUCAUUUUUGCUAAUGGCCACACCUGGAAACAGCAGAGACGGUUCAGCCUGAUGACAUUACGGAACCUAGGAUUAGGGAAGAAAACCCUAGAAGAAUGGGUUCAGGGACAAGCUCAACUCCUGGUACAGACCUUUGCCAGAGAGCAAGGGAGACCUAUGGACCCUUCAGUCUCCAUCCUUUCUUCCAUCAACAACGUGAUUGCUGCUGUGCUUUUUGGGCACUGCUUCUCCUCGGAGGAUGACAGCUUCCAGCAACUCUUCAAGGGAUCCCAGGCCAUGGCAGAAUUCCAAGGCACCAUCUGGCCUCGACUUUAUGAUGCUUUCCCAUCAUUGAUGAAGCAUCUAAGUCCCGUGUUCAUGAGAUCACUGCUGGCACUAACCCACAUGCAGGAUCUACGUAGACUUAUAAAGGAUGAGAUCAAGUCUCACCAGAGCAGCUGGGUGCCUGAAAAAUCACAAGACUUCAUUGACUCAUAUCUCUCUCAGAUAUGGAAAACCAAGGAUAACCCCACAUCUACAUUUAAAGAGACCAACAUGAUCCAAGUGAUUGCUGACCUCUUCAUAGCAGGUUCAGACACCACCACAAUCUCUUUAUUGUGGUCUAUCCUCUACAUGAUGGCACACCCAGAAAUACAAGAACGAGUCCAAAAAGAACUGGACACUACUAUUAGCUCAUCUCGUGAAAUUCGAUAUGAGGACCGAAUGAUCCUACCCUACACAAAUGCAGUUUUACAUGAAGUUCUGCGGUAUAGCAGCAUAAGUGCAAUAGGGGUUAUACGAAAGUGUGCCAAGGAUACAACUGUGCAGGGCUUUCCAGUUAGUAAGGGCACUUUAAUUUAUCCCAACUUAUUUUCUGUUCUGUAUGAUCCUGACCAUUGGGAGACCCCUCAAGAGUUCAACCCAAGUCACUUCCUGGACAAAGGUGGAAACUUUUUGAACAAAGAAGCCUUUUUGCCAUUUUCAGCAGGACACCGUGUCUGUCUGGGGGAACAGCUGGCAAAAACAAGUCUCUUUAUCAUGUUCUCCAGUCUGCUGAGAGCAUUCACCUUUCGGCUGCCGGAAGGAGUGAAGGAAAUCAACAAGAAGCCUAUCGUAGGGUUCAUUCUGCAGCCCCAACCCUAUAAAAUGUGUGCUGUUCCUCGUUAAGUUUCUGUCUUCCCAGACACCUGCUGGGAAGUGGUUUUCGGAUUCUCGAAUGGCAUCCUUGGCAUUUGGAAACCACUGCUUUGCAAACCCUUUGUCUCUUAACACAUUACAGUUGUUGUCUGACCAACAA